CCCUCAUCCGCCAGUUCAAUAAAAGCAACCUCACUACCCCUCUGCCGAGUCGCUUGUGCCCGCUGCUCCAUACAAAUUCAUCAUGGCUUCAGGUCCGGAGACCAUCCGCAUUGGCUAUGUGCCCGAACAUUACCUCACCCCUCUCCAUCUGGCCGUCCGUUCAGCAGGCCAGGCUACUCUCCCAUUCAAGAUCUCUCUGAUCCCCUUCCCCUCUGGAACGGGGCACAUGAUCACCUCCCUCCGCGAGAAGGAGAUUGAUGUAGCCAUCGGUUUGACCGAGGGAUGGGUGGCUGGCCUGGCUGGUAAACAACAGGCUCAGAAGGAUGCGGCCGAGGGUGGCUACAAGGUGGUCGGACACUGGGUCGACACGCCGUUGCGCUGGGCCAUCGUAACGGGUCAGGAGAGAGAGGACAUCCAUGCUGUGGCCGACCUGAAGGACAGGCGGGUUGGAGUCAGUCGACUGGGAAGUGGCUCCCAUAUCAUGUCCUUCGUCCUCGCUCAGCAGCAAGGCUGGAAAGCCGACUCUCUGUCCACUGUACCCUUGGGUCCUUUCCAGGCUCUCCGUAACGGAGUGACUGGGCUAGACGACGAGCAUCCGGAACAAGCGCCUAACCCCACGGCUGAAUUCUUCAUGUGGGAGCACUUCACCACGAAGCCAUAUUUCCACGCCACCGAAAACAAGCCCAAUCCGCCUCUGAAGAAGAUCGGUGAGAUCUAUACUCCCUGGCCGUCUUGGAUGAUCGUGGCGUCGACUUCAUCCUUUUCGGAUGUGGAGCUGGAUGGCAAGCUGCAACAACUGCUUAAGCUUCUGGAUCAGGGUAUCAAGGACUUCGAGGCCGAUCUGGCUCAGGUCGUGACACUUCUGGGCACCGGAGAGCUGGGCUGUAACUACGGGGAGGAAGAUGCCAAGGAAUGGCUGAAGGACGUUAAAUUCACGUCCACGACUCGGGGUGUGCAACGGAAGGUUAUCGAGGGCGUGGUGGAUGUCCUCAAAGUGGCAGGUGUGAUUGACACCGGCAUGACCAACGACGAGGCCGUUGAGAGAGUCGUCGGUAUCCAUCAAUGAGGGCUGCAAUCGCACAGGCUCGCUACAUAGAUGCGAUUGCGCAGCAGAGCCGUCGACCUUAGUACCUUAUGUCUAGUAUGAACUCCGGAUCCUCUCAUUACCGCAGGGUCUAGAGAAACGAUCAAUCUGAAUAGUUGAACCGAAG